GUGGUGGGAUGGAGCUCGCCGAAAGAGGGGUACGAUGGGAUGAUAGAGGAGGCGCGGAAGCUGCUGCAGAUGCACCCCGAUCGCAAGAAGAGCGAGGAGGACGCGGUGACCAUUCUACGAGCCCACUUCCCGCCCUUCCUUCUGCCGCUCUUCAAGAGGUUCUUUGCUCCAUUGUGGGGCGGCCGAGUUGCUGCUGUGCUCUGUGCGUGGGUGACGCACCUCGCCUGUCAGUGGCUCAUGGGGCCCAGCAAGGUGGUGGCGAUAGAGAUGGAGGACGGCCGAAAGCAACGAUCGGAGGUGAAUAUAGAGAAGUGCAAGUUCCUGGACGAAUCAAAGUGUGCUGGCAGCUGCAUUCACACAUGCAAGAUGCCCACUCAGGCGUUUAUGUUUCAGGACAUGGGCGUGCCGCUGCUCAUGGAGCCCAAUUUCGAGAACUUCAGCUGCGAGUUCAAGUUCGGAGUGCAUGCCCCCCCUCGAGACACCGACCCUGUGCUGCUCACCCCCUGCCUUGCAACCUGCCCCAUUCGCUUCCCUGGACCCUCAGGCUCCACCAUGCGCCUAGGCGAGCUGCGAAGCUCUGCGAAGAAUGUCACGCUGCGAAGCCUUGCUUCGAGAGACCUGGUGAAUCAGGCCAUCUCCCUCUCAUGCGACUCACGCAGUCUGAACGCAACUCCAGUUUCCCGUUCAAAUGUCGUUUCCGUUUCCGCGUCCGCCAUUCCUCCUGUAACCGCCGCUUCCGCCGCGGCGGUAACCGCGUUUCAAGGAACGCCAGUGCGUACAACGAGUGUGCUUGUAGUGGGAGCGACGGGGACUCUGGGCCGUCAGAUCGUUCGCAAGCUUCUGGACGACGGUUUCGAUGUUCGCUGCCUCGUGCGGCCUCGACCACAGCCCGCGGAUUUCCUUCGCGACUGGGGUGCUACUGUCGUCAAUGGCGACCUCACCCGGCCAGAGACCCUCCCGGCGGCUCUCGUGGGCGUGCACACAGUCAUCGACUGCGCGACCGGCCGUCCCGAGGAGCCGAUCCGAACCGUCGACUGGAACGGCAAGGUGGCCCUGAUUCAAUCCGCGCAGGCGAUGGGCGUGCAGCGGUACCUCUUCUUCUCCAUCCACGAGUCGGAGCAGCACCCUGAAGUGCCGCUGAUGGAGAUCAAGAAGUGCACGGAGAAGCUGCUCGAGCAGAGCACGCUGAACUACACCACCAUCCGCCUGUGUGGCUUCAUGCAGGCGCUGAUUGGCCAAUACGCGGUGCCGAUUCUUGAGGAGCAAUCCGUGUGGGGCACAGACGCCACCACGCGCAUCGCAUACAUUGAUUCUCAGGACGUGGCUCGCAUGACCAUGGCUGCCCUGAGGAACGAGAAGACCUACCGCAAGACCAUCACGCUCGCUGGACCCAGGGCGUGGACCACGCAGGAGGUGAUUGCGCUGUGUGAGCGCCUGGCAGGGCAGGACGCCAAGGUGACAACAGUGCCGGUGGGCGUGCUGAAGCUGACCCGCAAGUUCAUGCAGCUCUUCCAGUGGUCGUCUGACGUGGCAGACAGGCUGGCGUUCUCUGAGGUGCUGACAAGCAAUGCGGUGUUCUCAGCCCCCAUGACGGAGACCUACAAGCUGCUGGGGCUAGAUCCCAAGGACACCACCACGCUCGAGAAAUACUUGCAGGAAUACUACACCCAGAUCCUGCGCAAGCUCAAGGACUUGAAAGCCACAUCCAAGCAGGGCGAUUACUAUUUGUAA